AUGAGGCUGGACGGUGCCAAAAUGGACUUAAUCAAAAAAAUAUGGACGGCUCGGAAACUCAUUCUCGUGGUGUUGAUUCCUUUAACCCUGCUGCCUCUGCCUCUCAUCCACCCGUGCAGUGAAUCAUCGUGUGCGUAUGUCCUGAUCGUGACGGCGGUAUAUUGGGUAUCUGAAGCUGUGCCGCUGGGAGCCGCUGCUCUCGUCCCGGCCUUCCUGUACCCACUGUUUGGGGUCCUCAAAUCCAGUGAGGUGGCCUCUGAGUAUUUUAAGGACACCACGCUGCUGUUGAUGGGGGUCAUUUGUCUGGCUGCCUCCAUUGAGAAGUGGAACCUGCAUAAACGCAUCGCUCUGCGGAUGGUGAUGAUCGCCGGGGCCAAACCUGGCAUGCUGGUUUUGGGGUUCAUGUGCUGUACGGUUUUUCUCUCUAUGUGGCUGAGCAACACGUCCACCACGGCCAUGGUGAUGCCCAUCGCUGAAGCCGUGCUGCAGCAGCUCAUCUGCACCGGCAUCGCAGACUCCCUCGAAGACUCGGUGACUGUAGAUACACAGGACGAGGAGAGCGACAAAGAGGAAAACCAAGAAUUAAGCACGAAUCACCUUCAGCUGCUGGACCGCAAACACAAUGAAAAUCAUGAAGUCUGUAUACUGAAUGAGGAGUUGAAUGGUCUGACAUUGAAGCCUGGUUUCAGUCCAGAAUUUUCUAAAGAAUCAAAUGGAAACCUGCCAGAGGCUCCAGUUAGCAUCCCUGCUCCACCAAAGAAACCCAAAAAGCAGGGGGAUUCGCUGUACCCCACCAAGAGAGACCACAUGAUCUGUAAGUGCCUGUCUCUGAGCAUCACGUACGCGGCCACCAUCGGCGGCCUCAUCACCAUCACCGGCACCUCCACCAACCUCAUCUUUGCCGAGCAAUUCAACAAUCGUUACCCAGAAGCGAAAGUCAUCAACUUCGGCACGUGGUUCAUCUUCAGUCUGCCGAUCGCUCUGAUCAUGCUGAUGCUCACCUGGAUCUGGCUGCACUGUCUCUUUCUGGGCUGCAAUUUCAGAGAGACUUGCUCUCUCAGCAAGAAACGCAAAACCAGGCGAGAGCUCCUCUCUGAGAAGCGCAUUCAGGAGGAGUACCAGAAACUCGGCCCCAUCAGCUAUCCUGAAGUCGUGACGGGCAUCUUCUUUAUUCUGAUGACUGUACUUUGGUUCACCAGGGAACCAGGAUUUGUUCCCGGCUGGACGUCGCUGUUUGAGAAGAAGGGCUACAGGACUGAUGCGACGGUGUCGGUUCUGCUCGGCUUCAUCCUCUUCCUCAUCCCGGCUCGAAAGCCCUGGCCAUCUGCGUUCUCCAGCGAGGGCAAAGGUGAGGAUGACGAUGAGGAGGAAGAGGAUCCUCUGGCUCCCAUGAUCACGUGGAAAGACUUCCAGAGACUGAUGCCGUGGGAGAUUGUUAUUCUGGUGGGUGGAGGAUACGCACUGGCUGCUGGAUGCAAGGUGUCGGGUCUCUCCGUGUGGAUCGGUCGGCAGCUGGAGCCCAUGAGUGGUCUUCCUCCGUGGGCCGUGAUACUGCUGACAUGUCUCCUGGUGUCCGCCGUCACCGAGUUCGCCAGCAACCCAGCCACGCUCACAGUGUUCCUGCCCAUCCUCUCGGCCCUGUCAGAGACGCUGCACAUGAACCCUCUGCACACACUCAUCCCCGCCACCAUGUGUGUGUCCUUCGGCGUCAUGCUGCCCGUUGGAAACCCGCCGAAUGCCAUUGUGUUCAGUUACGGACACGUGCAGAUCAGCGACAUGGUGAAAGCUGGUUUCGGAGUGAAUCUGAUCGGGGUGUUUGUGGUGAUGUUGGCCAUCAUGACGUGGGGCGAGCCGCUCUUCAAUCUGAGCGAGUUUCCCACCUGGGCGCUGAUGCGUAACGUCACGGGCAGCUUGUAGCCGGCGUUUGACUGAGGACACUGGAUAUACACUGAAGAGGAGGCACAUAAAUGCAAUUAAAGCCUUGUUUUUGUACCUCAGUGCAGUACGAGGACGUCCGUCGGAGGAUGCAGAACUGCUCACUGUGACUGAAUGGACGGUGCGAUCGGUGGAAAACCUUCUUACACUUCUAGAUCAGAGCAUUAGAUGUAGAUUAACAUCUUUCCAAGUUUAGAUGCAUAGAAAAAAACAAUCAGCGAUGUAACAUAUCCGUAUCCUUUAUUUCCCAAAGUCUAACAAAUGUCGUGAUGCAUUUGCGUUAUUUACUUUAUAGGUAUGAGGGAGAUUCUGCAUCAGAUGAAGUCAGGCGUAGCAUCUAACAGGCUCUUGACAAAAUGUUACAUAGGUUUUUGUGGUUCAAACGUUACACAAACAUAUUCUGAAUAACUGAAGAAACCUCUGUACAUACAGGAAACUAACAUUUUGUUACUGUCAGCGGCAAUUUAUUUCACCUGACAUCUCUAAAAAAACAUAAUAAAACACUUUAUUUUUGGUUCAUUAA